AUGACACUUUCUUACCAACCAAAGCGCCCUGAUGAUCAUUUAGAUCCAGAACCUCCCGCGAAAAGAAGAAGGUUUUUUGCAGACCCAGACGAACUUUCUUCAGACCCUGUCUCUCAUGACCAUUCCCCACUACCGCAACCGAAACGGUUCUUUAAAGAUGCAGACGAUAUCGAGGAAGAAGAUGAAUACAAAGAUGAUUUAGACGAAAUACACGACGACGAUAUCCCUGUAACGUCUCCGUCGCGGCCACCGACGCUCCAACAGGAGUCGUCUGUCUCCUUUGAUCAAGAGACAUUCGAGGCUUUCGUCGGUGACAAGGUCUCUACUGACGUUCUCUCGGCCAUAAGAGACCACUGCGGAAACGACCUCGAACGAGCGGUUAAUAUGUACUUUGAUGGAACAUACAAGAAAUUUGUAAAGAAGCCAUCAUGGAAAGCACCCUUAAGGCCUGCCCCUACCGCCAGCUCCAGUCGGUCGCCAAGCGCCCCCAACGAACGCAUACCAAGUAUCAAGACAAGCCAAAGAAUGCCGAAACAACGAUACAUAGGAGCGUUUGGUGUUGAAGGAUGGGCUACAAGAAGCGGAGUUAACGUGUUGAAGCACGGCGAUAUCGUGAAAAUCGAGCGACAAAAGUUACAGCCACCCCAAUCUGUCAGAGGGAAGGGGAAAAUCGGACAAGUUACACCUUCACGAGGAUUUGCCGCCGCUGCUGCGAGGCGAGUCGAUGUUAUCGUGCGCUUCACCACUCAAAACGGAUCAGAAGUUGGGCGGCUAGCGAAGGAGACAGCGAAUUGGGUUUCGGCUCUAAUCGACGAAAAGGUGUGCAAAUUCGAAGGAACUGUGGUCUACGCCCCUGAGAGACUCCGAACGAACGACACGAUUUUCCUACAAUUGCGAUGCUCAUUGCUUGACUCUGCCUUUUUCAACCGCUCAUUCAAACUCGCCGACGACCGAUCGACUGCUUUCUUCGAGCAAAACGAGACAAACGAUGAGAAAACGCUUCGACUGCGACAAGUCGCUCUGGUCAAAUUGUUUCAAGAGAUCAAUUUACAGCCCACUAUGUCGAAUGAUGCUGCCAAAGAUGGCCGCAAGGGGCUACUCCAAGCUGCCGAGCAAGACGAACAGAAGCAAAAGGAGGCGAAGAAGGCCAAUGGGGAUACGAAUGGAACCGGCAAAGAAGCGGGCUCGUCCCAGUCAUCAGAGACUGAGGAAGGAGAAGAGCUGGAACAGGAUCAGCUCGAUGCGCUUUACAAGAAGGCCCAGUCCUUCGAUUUCAGCACCCCAGAAGCCGAGCCAGCAGAUACCUUUGCCAUGACACUGCGGUCAUACCAGAAACAAGCGCUGCACUGGAUGAUGGCAAAAGAGAAGGACGAGAAAAGCAACCGGGAGCCAUCCAUGCACCCUCUUUGGGAGGAGUACGAUUGGCCAUUGAAAGAUGUCGAUGAUAAAAACGUACCUCAGGUCGAGGGGCAGCCGAAGUUCUACGUUAAUCCGUACUCUGGCGACUUGUCCCUUGACUUCCCAAUUCAAGAACAACAUUGUCUGGGUGGUAUUCUUGCCGACGAAAUGGGUCUUGGCAAGACCAUCCAAAUGCUAAGCUUGGUGCAUACGCACAGAUCCGAGAUCGCACUUGAAGCUCGCCGAGCAGCUGUUGAGCUCUCUAGCGUGAAUCAGCUUACUAGACUGGGCAAGAACUCAGAAUCGGUGCUUGAUGCGCCAUGCACAACGUUGGUGGUUGCACCCAUGUCGCUACUGUCGCAAUGGCAAAGUGAAGCGGUGAAGGCUUCCAAGGACGGAACGAUGAAGAUUGAGUUAUACUACGGCAACGAGAAGUCGAGUAAUCUGCAGGCACUCUGCUGUGCUUCCAAUGCGUCCAACGCUCCGGACCUGGUGAUUACCAGUUAUGGAGUUGUUCUAUCCGAAUUCAGUAGCAUAGCUGCCAGAAAAGGAGACAAGAGCUUUCACAAUGGGCUCUUCUCCCUGAAGUUCUUCCGCAUUAUUAUCGACGAGGCACACCAUAUCAAGAACAGAUCAUCCAAGACUGCAAAGGCUUGCUAUGAAAUAUCCGCCUACCAUAGAUGGGCUCUGACAGGAACCCCCAUCGUCAACAAACUAGAAGAUUUGUUUAGUCUUGUCAGAUUCCUAGGCGUGGAGCCUUGGAACAACUUUUCGUUCUGGCGAACAUUUAUUACUGUGCCGUUCGAAUCGGGAGACUUCAUGCGGGCCUUGGAUGUUGUGCAAACAGUGCUAGAGCCUCUCGUCUUACGACGUACAAAGGACAUGAAAACGCCCGACGGCAAACCGCUUGUGCUCCUACCACCUAAGCAAGUCGAAAUUGUCGAUGUGGAGCUGUCGGAAACGGAACGAGAUGUGUAUAGUUACAUCUUCAACAAAGCGAAACGAACUUUUUCGCAGAACGUUGAAGCGGGUACUGUCAUGAAAGCCUUUACCACCAUCUUCGCACAGAUCCUGCGUCUUCGCCAAUCUUGCUGUCAUCCCAUUCUCGUCCGCAAUCGUGAUCUUGUGGCAGAUGAAGAAGAAGCCGGAGCUGCUGCUGAUGCGGCUGCUGGACUGGCAGAUGAUAUGGACCUUGAGUCGCUCAUCACUUCUUUCACGGCAGAGACAGAUGAGGCUUCGAAGGAGACUAACCAGACCUUCGGUGCUCACGCCUUGGAACAAAUACGUGAUGAGGCUGAGAAUGAAUGCCCUCUAUGUUUUGAAGAGCCGAUGAAUGAUCAGGCCGUGACUGGGUGUUGGCACUCUGCAUGUAAAAAGUGCUUGCUUGAUUAUAUCAAGCAUCAGGUUGGUAAGGGCGAAGUACCUCGAUGUUUCAGUUGUCGUGAGCCGAUCAACCAACGUGACCUGUUUGAGGUCAUUCGACACGAUGAUGAUCCUGAUAUGAUGAUGUCGAAGAAGCCCAAGAUCAGCCUGCAACGGGUUGGUGUCAAUGCUUCUUCAGCAAAGGUUGUUGCACUGAUGUCUGAGUUGCGGAAGCUGAGACGGGAACAUCCCAAGAUGAAGUCUGUGGUGUUCUCUCAGUUCACGUCUUUUCUCAGCCUUAUCGAGCCAGCCCUCACCCGUGCGAACAUCAAAUUCCUGCGACUUGACGGAUCUAUGGCCCAAAAAGCUCGAGCGGCUGUACUUGACGAGUUUACCGAGAGAAAAGGGUUCACGAUCCUGUUGCUAAGUUUGCGUGCAGGAGGUGUCGGGUUGAAUCUGACGAGCGCUGGCCGAGUAUUCAUGAUGGAUCCCUGGUGGAGUUUUGCGGUCGAGGCUCAGGCCAUCGAUCGAGUACACAGAAUGGGACAAGAGUCGGAAGUACAAGUCAAGAGAUUUGUGGUCAAGGAAAGUGUGGAGGAGAGGAUGCUAAAGGUCCAGGAGCGGAAGAAGUUCAUGUCUGGAGAAGUAGUCGAGGGACAAAGCAACGACGUUGCUGCAGCUCACGACUCGAUCUCUCAAAAGGACCCAGAGAUCAAACAAGAGUUUGAGGACAAGCUAGAAGAGACACAAGUUGGUGAGGUUGAAGCCGAUACAAAAUCUGUACCCAAGGACAAUCUUAAAGACCAAGACGACGAAUACGAUAGCGACGACGAGCAUCAUCUUUGCUCCAUACUUCUCUACUUUAUAUCAAAGACUCUUCUGAACCAUCUCAGAGACGAAUCUGAAGACAUACCAAUGGACCGCUUUGCCGAACAGUUAUUUGGUCGCCAGGACCAGUCUUCACGUUCUCGACCUCCUGAGGAUCCCAGCUUCAUGGAGACAUUCGCAAAGAACUUGGCCAAAUCCGCCGCCAAGUCUGCCGCCAGAAAAGCCAUGGGUCAAUCAUCCUCUGAGAAGCGAACUCGAGAUGGCACACGAAGCGGAAACCAGAUCAACCCUGAAGAUUUCCGUGGUGUAGCUGAGUUCGUUCUCGGUAUGCUUGGCGGGAAGAAUGAACAGUCUCGAAGAGACGACGAUCGUAAGAAGGAUAAGAAGAGGAAGAGAGAUAAGGAUAAGGAUAGGAGCAGAGAGGCACCGAGGAGUAGAUACGUUGAAGAUGACGGUGAUAAGUAUGGAUCUGAUAAAGAACGUCGAAAGAGACGUCGCCACCGCGUUACCUUUGCAGAACCAUACUACGAAUCUCCUCGUCCAGAAGAGACUUACUAUGCUCAACCCUACGAGCCUCGUCGCGACGAAGACAAAGAAGAGCGCCGCCGCCGUCGUCGUCAACGUCGAUACAAGCGCGACCUAGAUCUCAAGACCCUCAAGACAGAGUUGGAGGCCAUGUCGAGCACUAUAAUCUCUUUGAACGCAAGAGGCGCCAAACAUCGAGACUGUGAGUUUUACGAUCGCUUUGUGAGAAAGGGCGGGAGGUUGCAGGAUGUCAUUGGGAGCACGUUGGGACAGAUCAGGGGGGUCAUGGAGGGUGAGGUUGAGGCUGAGGAGAGAAGACGACGGAGAGACCGGAGGAGGGAGAUGCGAUGA